AUGAUUCGCUGUUUUGAGGAGCAGGAUAUUCGCCUAACAAAGUGGCCGGUUCCCCAGCAACCCACCACUGUGAUACAGCAGAUUCCCUCAGCGAUGCCACCUCCAGGACCUGCUGUUCGCCCAGGACACGUGAGAGAAGACCUGGUGGAGCUGAUGAUGAUCCAGAACGCUCAGAUGCACCAGGUCAUCAUGAACAACAUGACCAUGUCUGCCCUCAGUGCGUUCGGGCACGGCCAGCCCCCGCCACCCGCCCCAGAGGUUUUUAGAUACCCAGUGAUUGUGGAGGAUGAGGACCCUGAGGUGUUCCACCACCACUACCCCCCUGCCUCGCUCCCGUCCUACCCCGCCUGGAUCCCCCCGCCCCAACCCCACCCCCAGCCCACCAUCAUCUACCAGGACCCGGCCGAGCACCGGGACCCGGGCCCUUCCUCCCGCAGGGACAGGAGGGCUGUCCCACCCCCACCCCCGCCCAGUGCCACCGGCACUGUGGGAGCUGACAUCCCCCCCGCCGCAGAGUACUAUGACGCAGAGAGGAAGCUCUGA